AUGCUGACCCGGACACUGAUUAGCAAACGCUUUGGUACGUCUCAUGUGCUGUUGGGUGUUGACUUUUGCACAGCGGCGGAGAUCUGGUCUUUGGAGAGUGACCACCGCAAAGUCAACGCUGGGCCAGAGGGAGGAGGAGGCGACGCUGUGAGGGGGGAGCGCCUGGCCGAGGGGUGCGGGCUCCAGUUUUGGGUCCCGUCCGUCCCCUCGGCUUGUGGCGUGGUUGGGGCAUGGCUCGCAGGACUCGAGUGGGACAAGAAGACGUCACUCAGUCAGUCGGUGGACAUCAGCGCUGGGAGGGACACGGCAGCAGACGCGUGGACCCUGACCUUCCUCUGUUCUAAAGUCUUCUCCGUCUUUUCCUCUGCAGAGCGAUAUCUGAUUGAUGACAUUAUCCAGGGCACGGCCUCUGGAACACGGCGCUGCCCCCGUGCUCUCAGCCCGGUGGGUCGACCUCAUAAUGCGAACCAGACCAGGGCAAGUGUCAUCGAAGAAUUCAACAGCGAGGCUUCAUCUGCUGCCAAGUCCAGCCGCCCCAGCAGUCACACAGUCAGCCCUAUAGUCAGCAGAAAGGAGCCUGUCCAAACCCGCCCCCGCCAGGCCUCUCCAGAGCGGGGUGGUCCUAAGCGCGGGUUCCAGGGCUCCGAAAUGUCCCAUGGAUUCUGA